CAGCUGUUCUACUACGUCGUUCACGUUUUUUUUUUUGUUUUUUUUAAGUAUUGCUGUUGCUGUCGAUCAACGAACUAUCACAGCGUAAUCAGCUGUUGACACCUUUUAGACGAAGUGAAUAUUUUUGAAUAAUUUUUUAAGAUAUAGUCAAUAAUUGACAGUAAGCUUCUGUAUGGCUAAAUACAAAACUUGUGGUAUAAAGUUACAGUUCUAUUUAAGUUAUAUGGUAUCGUAUAUUUCACAAAAAAUUAUACGAACGCAAUUGUGAAUGAAGAGGUUAGAUUUAUCUAUAUUCGUUUGACAGCAUAUGAAGCAAGUUUAAAAUUUCGUGGAAUCGACGACGACCUCACAGUGUCGCUCUAGGGUUAAUAGUAUUUCUGUAAUAUUGAAUUGUGGAAGAUGCGAUGCGUAUAAAAUUCUGCAAGAGAAUCUUCAAAAAAAUAAUGGGUCAAACACUCUGUGAACCUGUGACAGCAAUGACAUCAGCAUGCUGUAGAAAUUCAAACUAUCGAGUUGCAAGUUCUUGUAUGCAAGGUUGGCGUAUAAAAAUGGAAGAUUGUCAUGUGCAUAUUCUUUCAUUACCUGAUGAUCCUGGUACUGCAUUUUUUGCAGUAUAUGAUGGUCAUGGAGGUGCAGCAAUGGCACAAUAUGCUGGAAAACAUCUUCAUGAAUACAUAACUAGGAGAAGCGAAUACAAAGCUGGUAAUAUUGUCCAAGCCAUACAACAGGGAUUCCUAGAACUAGAUAGAGCAAUGCAAAAUGAUGCAACGCUUAAAGAUGAACAAGCAGGAACUACUGUUAUAGCUCUUCUCAUAAAAGACAAUGUUAUAUAUAGUGCAAAUGCAGGUGAUAGUAGAGCAGUGGCCAGUAUUAAUGGCAUUGCCAUUCCACUUAGUCGUGAUCAUAAACCCACAUUGAAAGAUGAGCGUAAAAGAAUUGAAGCUGCUGGUGGUUGGGUUGAAUUCAACAGAGUCAAUGGUCAACUAGCAUUAUCACGUGCUUUAGGCGAUUUUAUGUUCAAACGAAAUGAACGUAAAUCACCAAAAGAACAAAUCGUGACUGCUUUUCCUGAAGUUCAAGAGUUCCAAAUAACAGAAGAUUGGGAAUUUGUUGUUUUGGCUUGUGAUGGUAUUUGGGAUGUAUUGACAAGUAAUGAGGUAGUUAAUUUUGUAAGAACACGUUUAGUUCCAUCGAAAUUUUGGACAGGACAGAAACCACAUACAAUGGACCCUGAAGAAAUUUGUGAAGAGCUUAUGAAACAGUGCCUUGCACCAGAUGCCUUAAUGGGUACUGGUUGUGAUAAUAUGACGGUUGUCCUUGUAUGUUUUCUUCACGGAAAACCAUAUUCUCGUCUAAUUUCACGCUGCAAAAAAUUCAUCAGGAAAGAACCUUUACUCUAAAUCCUAUUUCAAUUAUUAUUUUUUAUGUUUGUUCAUUAUUUAAAAUUUUUUAUAUUUAAUUUUACAUCAUAAUGAAACAAUGUUUCAAUAUCAUGUUUUAUCAUGUUGUAAAAUUAGAUUAGGAAAAGAUUAUAAAAUUUGGUGAGCCCCUUUAUGAACUAUUUAAACUUUUAUGAACACAAACUACUUUAAAAAAAAAAUUAGUUUUAUAUCAACAGUAUUUCUC